GUCACUGAAUGUUUCAUUCUGAAAGCAGAGAUGCAUUAUUCUCCAAGCUUAUUACUUAAAGACGAUUUAUGUGAAGUUAUUUUGGAAUUUUGGUCACCGGCACAAGAACAUAUGGACUGGGACACGUUUUUGAAAAGUGAAGAUGAAAAUCAACCUACUUAGCAAACACAGUAUUGACCCUAAAACCUUUCAGACUCUUACCUAUGUUUCGAAAUAUUUCCGCAUUCUUUUGGCAAAUAUAUGUCCGCAUCGUUUGCUUACUUUUGACCUUCAACGAUACAUUUCUGUGGAACUUCCUUUGUUUCGAAUCACAUAUGAAUGCACACUUUUGAAGAUGAAUUAA